UUUUUAUUGUCAAUUCCUACUUUUCAGAAUUCUGUGUUGCUUGUUGACGAAAAAUAAUUUUGCUACUAUAAUCACUAUUGGAAAAAUUUGAAAUUUGACGUAGUAGGCUUGGAGUUUUUGAAUCAGUGAUCACCAUGGAUACAAAUGCAACGCCUACCAAGGCUAGUGCGCAAAAAACUAAAGAAAAAAGUCAUUUGUCUGCGCCUGCUACUACAACAACAACAACAUCAAAUACAAUUUCAGCUACAGCGACGCCAUUGCAGAAUUUGCCAAUAGAACUGCAGAAUGACCAAAAACGUAGAAGCUCCUCUCGUUCAAUUAAGCGCAAACGUUUUGACGACGAAAUUGUAGAAUACAGCAUUGGAUUUCCACAGUCUAGAGGUGAACCCAAAGUGGGACGACAGCGUACUACUUCACAAACCUCCGCGCAGACGCAAUCAUUGUCAACAGCAAUUUUGCAAGCACCUACGCCUGCCAGCAGCAGUUUAGAAGUUUCAACUUUUGUUAGAGAAACGCCAACGCCGUUAUCUACAUCAAACACCAACAACGGCAAUAUAUCUUUAAGUGGUGCAACUACGCCACUGCCACCAGUUCAUCCGACUACAGUGAAACAAACUUCACCCUCAAUGGAACGUGCAUUAGCCACACAUGUCGCGGACAAACGGCGUCCACCACGAUCCAAUAAUAAGAAAUCGAAAAAAACCGGCCGUCCUCCAAGUCAAAUUACUACAAAGGACUUGGGGCGUUGGAAACCAAUUGACGAUUUGGCUUUAAUUAUUGGUAUACAACAAACGAAUGACUUGCGUAUGGUACACCGUGGCGUCAAAUUCUCUUGCAAGUUCACUUUACAGGAAUUACAAUCUCGUUGGUUUUCCUUAUUAUAUGAACCCGCGAUUUCACGUAUCGCAGUAGCGGCUAUGCGAAAUCUACAUCCCGAGCUGGUGGAGUCCGUACAAAGCAAAGCACUGUUUAGUGUACAAGAAGAAGAAUUUUUGGGAACUAUUAAGAGUACUGACAGUCCAAAACUAGAGCAGUUCCAGGAAUUGUUGGAGAAAAAUGCCUCCGUGUUUUAUAGUGCACGUACAGCCAAAUCCUUACAGAAUCAUUGGCAAAUGAUGAAACAGUAUCAGUUACUGCCCGAUCAAGUGGUCAAGCCGCUACAUAUGAGCGAUCAACCAUUAAGCUUUUCGGAUGCUGAAGAUCUUAUUCUAGAUGCCGAGCUGAAUGAUCAACGAGAUGAGGCGCUAGAGAUUGAACUGGCCCUAACGGAUCGACAAAAUAAGCGUGAGAUACGUCUGUUGGAAAAUGAGUUAAGCCGUUGGAAUGUGUUAGUGGACUCUGUUACGGGUGUUGCGCCACCAGAAUUUGAUGGUCAGACGCUCGCAGUGCUUAGAGGUCGCUUGGUGCGUUAUUUAAUGAGAUCGAAGGAGAUUACUUUUGGGCGCUUUGUUGAGGACUCACACGUCGAUAUCGAUCUAUCUUUAGAAGGCCCCGCUUGUAAAAUAUCGCGUCGUCAGGGCACAAUUAAACUGCGCAGCAAUGGUGAUUUCUUCAUUGCGAAUGAAGGCAAAAGACCGAUUUUCAUUGAUGGCGUGCCCUUGUUAACGGGGAAUAAGACGCGACUCGCUAACAAUUGUGUGGUGGAGAUUUGCAGCUUACGUUUCGUGUUUUUGGUUAACUAUGAGCUCAUAAACGCUAUAAGACAUGAGAGCGCCAAGACAACGGCGGCACUAAAUUAGUGUUGUUGUAACACAUUUUCGAGUAGUUAUGUAUAAGAGCCCAAUGUAAUUUCCCCGUUUUGUGAAUUUUAAAUACACAAAAAAGUUACAAAAUUUUAAAA